AUGACUGUCAUGGCCACCGACUCGAGCAACGUGACAACAGCCAAAGAAGAUAGUCAGUGCGCUGCAGAUAACGAUGAACAAAUUCAUCCGACAGAACAUGUCGCAAAGGAGAUCGAGAAUCGAAUACCAUCGGUUGAUAUAGCAUCAGAUCAUUUGGACCAUCUUCAGUCCGUCGAUGAGUUCAAAUCGCUUAUGUAUUCGAUGCAGUCGGCACGACGUAAAAUAGUGAUGGCAAUAUUAGGUGAUAAAGAAAUAGAGAAUGACUGGAUUGAAGAAUUAAGGCGAACGUAUGCAAAAAUAACUGAUUCUAAUACGAAAGCAUUCCAACGUGAAAUGAGCACACUAUCUUCUAAACUCAGCAUUAAUAUUAAAGAUGAGGCGAUGGGUUUACUGAAAGAUAUGUUGUUUUUGGAGCGUUUGAAAGCCACAAAGUCAGAGAAUGAGGACGUUCGGUGGCCACCGCUGUUAGCAAAAGUUGAUUUAGCAUCAAUUCUUGCAGCGUAUCAUCCGAUUAGUGAAAAGAAAUUCUUCGAAGAGUAUGAAGAGUGUCUAAAUUUUUUACGAUCGUUUGCUGAAUCGAAUAGCAAUGGUCGUAAGCCAAUAUUUAUAACCGAUUGGGAUGGUACAAUGAAGGAUUACUGUUCACAAUAUGCAACUAAUUUGCAGCCUAUCUAUAGUGCAGUGGGUAUGACUCGUUUUGCAUCUCGUUUCACUCGCUUAAGUGCCGUCUUAACGGCUGGUCCAUUGCGCGGACCUGGUAUACUCGAUCUUACGGCGAUGCCAAUUGAUGGACCAGUUUUAUUUAGUGGAUCGUGGGGUAGGGAAUGGUGGCUUGGUGGUAGACGAGUUGUUCAUGAGGAUGGCAUUUCCGAUGAAGGAUUCGACGCACUUGAGAGACUCAACGAUGAAAUGGGCAAUUUAUUACACUCAGGUGAUUAUUCUCAGUUCGCAUUAGUUGGUAGUGGUGUACAACGCAAAGUGGAUCGAUUGACAUUAGGUGUUCAGACCGUUUAUGGACACGUCCUGCCUGAACUUUCACAUCGAUAUCAGGAUGCUGUUAGGGAACGAAUGCAUAGGGUUGAUCCACAAAAUCAUAUAUUAGUGUUCGAUCCGUCAACGGAAUUGGAAGUCGAAGUAGUGGCACAUAAUUCUGGUAACGUAUGGAACAAAGCAGAUGGUGUUGACAGAGUAGUGUCGACGGUUGGAGAUUCGCUUGAAACACCCGGUAGAGUACUGGUUUGUGGGGAUACAUUUUCUGAUUUGCCGAUGGUUCGACAGGCUGCAACGCGAAAUCCUGAGGGAGUGAUGGCACUGUUCGUCGGUUUAAAUGAGAAAUUACGUCAAUCGGUUCGCCAGUUGAUAACUGAUCAGUCGAGACGUUGUUUCAUUUCGUGUCCUGAUGUUGUGCACGCUGCUAUGGCUGAAUUACUCAAUGAAAAACUUAACAGCACACAAUAA